AUGCCGUGUCUUUCACGCUACUGGCUACAACAAACUGGAUUUAUUCCUGGCGAGUGCUUACCUUCCUUGAACCUCAACGAGCAGCUGCUGUCGAGACGUUGUCUUGCCAUAAGUCAAGUUGUAACGAAGUUUGGCGUUGAAUUUUUUUGA